CCAUGGAUUCCCUGAAGAAAAGGGAAAAAACCCUAAACUCAUGCACAAGCCCGUUUUGUUUCUUUUGCACCAUGAAAGAGCCGGAUUCCCCACAAAGGAGAGCCGGAUUAGCAAACUGCUUCAAGCAAAUGCCUCUCCGAGACGACCAGGCAAACGUCCUCGUUUCGAGUGGUCUCUUUCACAUCGCCAUGACUCAGCCGGACGACCCGGAGUUCCCUUCCCUCGGGAUUUUUGAGUGCAUGGCAAGUCUAAUUCACAAAAUCAACGACGACAAGUGGCUUCAUUGGGACCAAAACAUAUACAUCCCUUACUAUGCUGCUCAUAUCAUUGGUUCUUAUACCAUGAACAAGGUCGAGUUUGCCGAGAAGGCGGUGGAAUCAGGCAUUAUUCCGCCAUUGAUGGAGCUUCUAAGGGGAAAGAAGAUGAGCUGGGUCGAACAACGAGUUGCGGUCAGAGCCCUCGGUCACCUCGCGAGCUACGAAAGAACGCUUGAAGCUCUAUCGGCCUACGAAGAAGAGUUGGUAAGAUUAGCCAUGGAUUUAGCUUCUACUUGUGUCGAUGUCGUGUAUGAUAAUUUUGUAGGAGUGAAGGAUACGAGAAGGAGACCAAAAUAUCAUUGCGAUUUGCUCACAAGAGGGGUUGGAGGGGUGGAAAUGGAGAAUUGCAAGGCCGAGGAAUGGACUAGCCAACUUCAAUCCUGGUCUCUCUAUCUCUUAAACUGCUUUGCUUACAAAGAGAGGUCUUUGAAUCUUAUUUGUGAGGAGGAGUUUUUGAAAAAUCUGUGCGGGAUGUGGGGUGGAUUGGCUAACCACGUGUCACCAGCUGGGGUUGGACUCAUUAGAAUCUUGUGUUAUAGUAAAUAUGGGAGGAAAAAAGUUGCUGAAUUGAAUGAGGUUUUAGAGAGUCUCUGUAAUCUCUCAAGGUCUUCAGAUGAUUGGCAGUACAUGGGAAUUGAUUGUCUUCUAUUACUUCUCAAAGACCCAGAUACCAGGUACAAAGUUAUUGGCGUUGCUUUCUUUUUUCUCGUUGAUUUGGUUGAGCUUAAAGACCUUGGAGAAAGGUCAAACUUGGGAGAAGCAAUCACAAAAGUACUACUAUUGGAUCAUGAUCAUAAGCAAAUUAAAAAAGUGAAAUUGAUCAACGAUAAUAAUAUUAGUAGCAAAGUUCAAAAGGCGUUAGAAGAGUUGUGGGAUUGGAAGGUUGAAAGGAGAAGAAAAGAAAAGGCAUUGUCCGAUGAAAAACUUGAGGAGAGAAGGGUUUUGGUUGGGUUGAUCAAACAACAAGCUAACAGGUUAUAUUGUUUAGGAGAAAUAGAAGAAGCCACAGAGAAGUACUCUGAAGCAUUGGCUUUGUGCCCAUUAAGGUUAAGGAAAGAGAGAAUGGUGCUUUACAGCAAUAGAGCUCAGUGCCAAUUGUUGCUUGAAGACCCAGACUCCGCCAUUAGAGACUCAACCCGAGCUCUUUGUCUCUCAACUCCGGCGAAUUCUCAUGGCAAAAGCCUGUGGAGAAGAUCACAAGCUUAUGACAUGAAAGGAUUGGCCAAAGAGAGUUUGAUGGACUGCAUAAUGUUCAUCAACGGCUGCAUCAAGUCAGAGGAUCAUCAGAUGAUCACCACCAACACCAAGCGGAGUAAUAAUGUGAAGAUUCCAUACUACGCAGCACGCAUGAUCAGCAAACAGAUGGACGCCACGUGGCUUUUCGCCGCUGCCCGGUCAAGGGUUAAUAUUGCAAGUAAGAAAGAGUCACACGAUGACGAGGGGCAAUAUUACAAAGAGAUUAUGAUGAUGAUGAGGAAUAUGAUAGACAACAGAGGUCUGUCAACCAUUACAGAAGAACCUUUGAGGGUAAAGGAAGAGAUCAAUAGGAGAAAGCUGGAAAGGGCAAGAAGGAUAUCUAAAAGAGCUGUCGUGAAAUGACCCACAAGUCAAAUAGGGUUACCACAUGUCGGAGCAGAGAUAGAUCCAGUGUGGUGGGCCUUAGCUUGAAGGAUUCUCAAAAUUUUCCCCAUUAGAAAUUAGAUGAUCUUAUCACCUUUUUAGAUGUUGUAACUGGAAAAAUGUUGGAUGAUGUACUUCUUGCAAGCGAACUUAUCAAUACAAUAUUCUGAUUCUCAUC